AUGGUGCCUCUUUCGGAAUUGGUUUGGAUUCCAGUUUCUACAUAUUGGAAGAGAAAUGAUGAUCGUUGGGAUGAAAAGUAUCAUUUAUGGAGAAUGGAUUGGGAUGAAGACUCCAUUAAAUUGUUUUUGGAUGGAGAGUUAUGCACAGCUGUUAAUUUAUCACGAAUUGUUAAUCAAGGAGAAUGGAGUUUAGUCAGCAAUCCGUUCAAACAUCCACAUUAUAUGAUUGUAAAUCUCGCUCUUGGAGGUGCUUCAGGAGGAGAGAUCGAUGAUAGUUCAUUCCCAGUUCGUUAUUAUAUAGAUUCCAUUAGAAUUUAUCAACAAGAAAGAUAUUUAUCUAAUUAA